GUGGGAAGUAGAAAACAUUCACACUUUCUCCAACUGAGGCAGCGAACACGAACAAGCCGCCGUCCGACUCGUUGACUAUGAUAUCUCGAGCUGAGGCGAGUUGCCUGUAUUUAUCUAAAUUGGGCUCUGCCGGGCCGAUGGUAGGGUUUCUGGAAUAGAUCGGCCAGCAGCGCAGGUUGUUGCGCAACUCCCCACGACUUCUUUUCUGUCGCUUCUCAGCGUCGGUCGAAACCGACCGUGGGUGGGGGUUCUAGAAUAGGAAGGGCUGCUAAAGAAAGAAAAAGCAAGCAGGGCCCGUGAGCUCGAUGGGAAAACACUGUCAACCCCCACAUCCCUUUCGUCACGGCCUUGUGGGCACGCCCCAGGCCGCCGGGCUCGGUCGGCCUACAUGCAUGGAUAGGUAGGUACCUACAUAGGUACCCGGGCAGGCAGGUACUUGCAUACAAGCAAACGGAUGUAUUUGAGUUCCGCUCCGAGAAGUGUUGCCGCGUCUAUUUCGGGACCGCCGCCAGGUUAGAAGACGCCGACGUGCCUUGCCGCCACAGAAAGCAUCGGUAGAAUUCCCGAGGCCUGGUUUUAUCUGUUCUUGGGCGACAUUGGUCGGAGAAGGUGCCAGUUUGCAGUGGAGGCGUUUGUGCCACCGAGCAAAGGCACUACGUACGCAAUGUAUCUCGAAAGCGAGAAUUUCGUUGGAUGCGCCUCGGUAGCCUUUGCUCACCUUGGCGGGCUUACCCUCACCUUGCCGUGCUCAAGGUUUGCGGCUUCAAUUGAGUGUCUGUUUAGUGUUGGCUCUUCGUGUCGUGGUGAAAAUUUCGAUCCACAAAAUUUCCAGAUCCUGCCGUCAUUCAGUGGCCGCCCCGUGCUGCCUCCAUCGUUCUCUCCACCUGCCAAAUCGCGCGCCGACGACGACACUCGCUAGAGCCUCCCGAUCAAUCCGCCCUGCCCUGGUCGCGCAGACUCGCCCCGAUCCCCAUCCAUCGCAACGCGCGCGUCCCGACAGGUGCGCUCCAGCCUCCGGCCGCCAGUCUUCAGCCCUACAAUGAGUGCAUUAGCAAGCUGCGCUCUCAUCGUCUCCAGCUCACCGGUGACUCCUGCCCCUGCAGGCCAUCUUUGUUCGCAGCCGCGCCCCCUUGCUCGCCCGCUCUCCCAGAGCCUCGCCUCGCCUUCUCGAUGAGGCCGUACCGCCAGUCCCCGAUAAACCCACGCGUUUUCUAGCAGCUCGCUUGAUUGCGCCUCAUCAUGGAUCGUGCCAGGAAGCGCGAGCUGCGCUCCCUAAAUGACAGGGCCUGGGCUGGCGAAAAAGACCUGAUCGCUGUCAGUUCCUCGCUCGAUUCGAACAUGCGCAAAAAUAGCUCCUUCCAAAAACGCCUCCGUACCGCCAUAUCUGCAACCAGCCUCGCCACCUUCUUGCAGGAGAUCCGUACCCUCAGCCUGCACAAAUGGCUCUCCGAGACGGUUACCGCAUGCUACGACGGCCUGUGCCGCCUCAAGACUCCUGCCGAGAUUGAGGCCGGCGUCGAGAUCGUUAGCGCCCUCCACCAACGCUUCGGCCCCGACGAGUUCACCCAGCCCCUCGCAUCCCACCUCGCCCAGGCCAUGGCCCCGCCCGACAAGACCAAGCUCAAGACCAUGACUGCCGAGAACCGCGAGAAGGACGAGCGGGAGCGUCUGGUGCGCCAGCGCGUGCUUAUCCGUGUCGUCACCGAACUCUGGCUCGUUGGUGUCCUACGUACCCUUGAAGACGCUGCUCACCCUCACGACGGCCUCCCGAAGCCCACCCCCGCUGGCAAGCCUCAGGAUUCCAAGUCCCGCGGCGCCCCUGGAGGCGCCAAACCCGCCACGCCCGAGCCGUUUCCCCUCGAAGUUCUCAAAGAUCUCCUCGGCCAUGAUCGCGAGCAUGUCAACUUGCCGCUUCUUGUCGCUUUUGUCAAGGCCUUCAGCUGGGACAUCUUGGGUAUCAAGGCCGCUAGCGCUGAUGGCCGCAAGGCUGUUGAGGAGGAUGGUGCCACCAAGCUGUCCGGUGGUGGCUCCGAUCAGGACGACGACCCGCCCCUAACUCCGCCCGAGCUUCAGGAGCGUUUCAAGAACGUGCUUAAGCGCUACUUUGAGGAUGUAAAAUCGCAUCUCGAGCGCGACCAGCGGGCCAUCUUCAGCCAGUCUCGCAGGAAUGCCGAGGCCUACGUCAAGUCCGGAGAGGUCUUCGAGGACCGGCAGGCAAACUUUGAUAAGCAGGUCAAGGCCCAGGAGCGCCUUGCUGCAAAUGCCCAGGUCCUAGCCGACGUGAUAGGGGCCGAAAUGCCGGAUUUGAAAGAGACCGGCGAUUCCUUGGCGAGCGCCAACGGCUCCAUCGGCCUCGUCAAGACAGGUGAGUAUCUCCGUGGUCAGGGCGAAGGUGCCGGAAUAUGGGAGGACGAAGAGGAGCGCCGCUUCUACGAGAAUCUCGUGGACCUCAAAGGCAAAGUUCCCGCCAUCCUGCUUGAGGACGUGAAGAAGAAGAAGCCGGACGCGGAGGAACAGGUCGGCAAACGGGCUGAUGCUGGAGAGCCUGCCGAACCUCCCAAGCCCACCGCGGACCCGGUGGAUGACCAGUCUGCGGCGAUUGCCAAUAAGACCACGGGCGCUCAGGUGGAUGCCAUUCUUCUUCGUCUCCCGGACCUGACGACCAAGGAAGGAGUUGACCAGACCGCCAUCGACUUUUGCUUCCUCAACUCCAAGGCCUCUCGUAACAGGCUCGUCAAGGCGCUGACCGACGUCCCCAAGGGCCGCAGCGACCUUCUUCCAUGCUGGGCCAGACUGGUGGCUACUCUGGGACAGCACAUGCCAGACAUCCCCAAGGGCGUUGUCGAGUAUCUCGACACCGAGUUCCGUAGCCUUCAGCGACGCAAAGACAAGGAUUUCCUCAGCCAGGUCCGGCUGAGUAACAUCCGCUAUCUGGCCGAGCUCACUAGAUUCAACAUUGUUCCUGAGCAUGUCGUGUUCCACUGCCUCAAGGUUGGCCUGGAUGACUUCUCCAAGAUGAACAUCGAAGUCAUCUGCAGCUUGCUCGAAAACUGCGGCCGCUACCUGCUGCGGAACCCCGAGACCUCGCCGAGGAUGUCGUCCUUCCUCGAGACACUGCAGCGCAAGAAGUCAGUCCAGCACAUUGGCCAGGCGGAGCGGAUGCUCAUCGAGAACGCAAUCUACUAUGUCAACCCUCCGGAGCGCCCUUCCAUCGAGCAGAAGGAACGGACGCCGAUGGAGCUCUUUGUCCGCAAGCUUGUCUAUGUGGAUCUCUCCAAGCGCAACUAUAGCAAGGUCCUCAAGCAGAUUCGGAGGCUGCACUGGGAGGAAGCCGAGGUCGUCUCGAUCCUCAUGAAGGUCUUCUCGAAGCCCGGACGGGUCAAGUAUGGCAAUAUCUAUCUCCUUGCCAUUCUCUUGGGCGCCAUCUGCAAGUAUCAUGUUGACUUUGCCGUCACCGCCAUCGACAACAUAAUCGAGUCCAUCAUCUUCGGUCUCGAGCAGAACGAGUUCAGGUACAACCAGCGCCGCAUUGCCGAGGCCAAAUACCUGGGAGAGCUCUACAACUACCGCCUAUUCGACCAUCCCGUCGUCUUUGACACCAUGUACAAGAUCCUGACAUUCGGCCACGGUGGUCCGCCCGUCCCUGGACGCUUGAACCCGUUCGACCUCCCAGACGAUUUCUUCAGAAUCCGCCUGAUCGCCACCAUUCUCGAGACUUGUGGCAUGUUCUUCAACAGGGGUGCCCAGGGGAAGAAGCUAGACUACUUCCUCUCAUUCUUCCAGUACUACAUCUUCACAAAAGACCCUCUGCCCAUGGACAUCGAGUUCAUCAUCCAGGACAUCUACGCGCUCACGAGGCCACAUUGGAAGCUGGCGUCUAACCUCGAAGAGGCCUCCAAGGCCUUCCAGCUGGCCAUCACUCAGGACCAGAAGACGUCGGGUCUCGACAAGGCGGCCGAUCAGGAUGAUGCAUCUAGUGGAGCGUCUUCUGAUGAGGGCGAGGGCGACGAUUUGCCCAUCGCUGUCGAUGAUGACGAGGGUGAUCCCGAUGAAGACGACUUACAGAACCCAGAGCGCUCCGAUUCGGACUCGGAGAGCGAAUCCGAGGAUGAGGCCAUCGUUGUCACCCGGCAGGAGGAAAAGAUUAAUCCUGAGGAUGAGGCCGAGUUCGAGCGCGAGUACGCCAAAAUGAUGGCCGAGAGCAUAGACUCGAGGAAAUUCGAUCGGAAGCCGCUGUUCGAUGUGCCACUGCCCGUGCGGCCCAAGAUGCGCGAGGCUUCGGAGGGCCCUGGGCCGAACGGCCCUGGCACCAUGGCUUUCUCUCUGCUCACCAAGAGAGGAAAUCGCCAACAGACUCGUACUGUUGAGCUGCCAUCCGAUUCCCACUUCGCCAUCGCCAUGAAGAACCAGCAGCAGGCCGAGCGUGAAGAGCAGCAGCGCAUCAAGAACCUGGUUCUGAAUUUGGACCUUGGAGAGAAUGAGACGGAUGACGGUCACUACGAGAACAAGCCUUCUUCCUACCAUCACAACCGUGGCGAGAGACAGGGAAAAGACCGAAACGCGCAGCGCAGUCGCAAGCUACAGCUCAGUGACGUCGAUUGGACCUAGCAAGUACCACUUUGACUCUCUUAGAGUCCAGAUAAGCGACAAAAACAGCUAUAUAGCUGCCCAGAGGAGUUCUCGAUAUUGUCUCCACGAUGAUCUCAGCGAACUCUAUCCUCUCACGGCCGCGAUACCAGACGGGAGUAACCCUCCAAUCGUUUUGUGUGGUGGCGAGACUCCGGGUGCUGGGAUUCGGAUCAGACCCGCAGAGCAAUUUUCUUGUCAAGGCAAGAGGAGGGAAUGGUGCGUCGCUCUACCAGAACGAUAUAACUCCCUCCGCCCCCACUGCUGCGGAUCCGGGGCGGCUCGGUGGCGACGACUUUUGCGAAGAAGCGGAGCCUUCAUUGCGGGCGAUUUUGAUGGCUGUUGAUGGGAUGAGGGCAUGAUGCAGGCAGAGGGCGAGUGAGGCACGCAGCCUGCCACUACGACCUCCUGCGGGCCGAAUGACAAUGGCAGCGGCGGCGUGGUUGACCGACCACAAGCGCAGGCUAGAAGCUGGUAGCCAGCCAGACGGCUGCCGCGCCCACUCGCCGCUCUUUGGUCUCAGCUGGCCUCGCGUGUCAGAUUCUUGACCAAGAUAUUCUAGAUUGACUUGUAGAGGUGUGAUCCUUUCGAAUAAUGCACGGCGCAUGGAAAUGAGGAUGGCCGGGAGUUGCAAGGGGAUUUGACAGGACAGGCGCCCGAUUGGCUGCCAUGUCUCUCGUAUUCACUGCAGAACUGUUGCACGACUGUUGCAGUUCCGCGCAUGGGCUGCAGCGAAAAUGGACGCGGGGGUCGCUGGGGCAGAUAGAUUCAAGGGGCAGUCGAGGACUUGACGCCCGGACCUGUGCUUGUUCACGGGCCGUGGGCCAAGCCGACGGCCCAGGUCCUUGCGAUGAACUAGUUUUGACUUAUUAGCCACGCUUCGCGCCGGCGAGGUCACGGACCCCUUGCGCAGCUCCGCGAGUGCCAGCCGCCGGCGCCCAUGAUGCGUCCUCUAGACCUGUGUGCAAGGGGGUUGGAGAUGGUGCGAGUGCGUCUGUGUUUCUAUGUUUGGUUGCUCUGAGGCUGCGAUGGCUGAGGGGAGAGCGGUGACGCUGCUGCGUCCCAUACAGAACGGCUGGCCAGGAGACGGCAACCAAGCCAAUUGAACCGCGCCUAUACCGUACCCUUUCCGUCUCAUCAUUGAUGAUCGUGAGCUGCUGGGGAGGCACUCCACACCCUUUUG